AAAUUCAAAUCGGCGAAGAGGAGCUCGAGCUCGCGCCACUUCGAGAUAAGGACGAUUUAAAUAACGCCCGCGCCAUCUUUUGCCGACACUUAUUCUCCGGCGCUCACCCCGAGAAUACUUAGACUCACGGAACACAAGAAAAAUCACCACCACUGCGAGCACAGCCCCUUCGAGAUGAGAGCCAUUUUCGUGAGCCUGGCGCUGUUCAUAACGCUUUCCGCCGGGCAAAAACUGGGUCAAAUCCAGAACUUCCAGCAAAAGAGCAGCGGCGCAGACUACGUCGAGCUUGAGUGGAGCCUCACGCAGGACAGCGACUACGCUCUCCACAAGUACACACUGACGACGGACAGCGACUUCUCCAACGACGUGCGCUGCUUCAGCGAGCACUGCACCUACAUCAUCGAUUACCUGCCCGCCUGCACCGCCCACAACUUCGAGCUGGUGCCCCACUUCGACGGGCCGACCGGGGACGUGCUGGGGGACGUUGCCACCACCACCGGCUCCACGGCGGACAGUCCUCCUGGAGCCCCUAGCAACAUCGUAGUGUCAGGAUUGGGAAGCACUGGAACCAACCUUACCUGGGACGCCCCCGCCACGAACCCCGGGUGCGUCGACGUUUACGAAGUCUGCUACCGCCUGGAUUCGGACACCGUAACGGAAUGCGAAAAUAGUAGUGACACUUCGAUCAGUCUGACGGCAUUGGAGGCUUGCGGGAAGUACCAGGUCACCGUGACAGGUGUGACGCCCUCAGGCAACGCAGGGGCAUCUUUGGACACCAUCAUCACCACUCAAGACGGAGUGCCCGGACAGCCACAGAACGUUGUCGUGGGUCUCACUACCGUGGAUUCCAUCAGCAUUAAGUGGGACGAUCCUCUGAUCAAUCGACUCUGCAUCGAUAGAUUCGCCUUCUCAUACGGAGAGACUCACACCCGCAGCUUCCAGUACGUGCGGGCGUCCGAUCACGAGGCCAUCAUCUCCCCUUUGAACGGUUGCACCAACUACACCAUCGACGUCUUUGCCGUUAGUUCAGCCGGUAUUGCCGGGCCCUUUGUUAGGAACUAUGCCGCCACCGCUGAAACAGAGCCUCUUGCCCCGCCUUCCGUGAUCGUCGGGGCUCACGGACCGGACUCGAUCGACGUGAUUUGGGGUUCGAAUCCUGACGAGAGGUGUUCGGGUUCCAUCACCAUCUGUUGGCACGACAAUGACCAUGUUGAAAUCUGCGAGAACAUUCCUGAUGGCGGCGGAAACAACUUCACCAUCACAGACCUGUUGCCGUGCAGCAGUUACGACGUGAUUGUCUCCGUCGUGACUCCUGGAGGUAUCAUCGGCCAACCCGCUGGCAACGCCACUCACACCGAGGACGUCCCGCCCGGCCCCGUCAAAUUCCUGCGCAUGAAAGAAGUGACGUCCCACGAGAUGACCAUCAGCUACGAAGCCCCCGACACCCACCCUCAAUGCGUUCACGAGUACGAUAUCGAGAUUAUCAACCAGGACGACUACUUCAGCAAACACAGCCACGUCGUGCCGUAUAUGGACGGCACGUUCACGGACCUCGAGGCUUGCGCCGACUACCUCGUCAACGUCAGAGCUGUAACAAGAACCGGGCUCUUCUCGGAGUGGCGCUCGAUCACCACCACGACCGGGGGCGACGUGCCGAGCGUCCCCAGAUCCUUUGCGGUGGAAGGGCUUCAGUAUGACCUCCGUCACACUUAACUGGUGGCAGCCUGACACCAACAAACUCUGCGUCACGAAAUACCGUCUUGAGUGGACCGAUGGGACAAUCUCCAACUCCACCGAGAUCAGCCCUUCCCCUGGCCAGGCCCUGCCCUUCGAAAACCAGUUUAUCGCCACAGGACUCGUCGCCUGCACCGACUAUACGUUCACCGUGUACGCCAUUUCCGACGUAGGAGGGACCAGCAACCCCGCCACCGUCACCCAGAAAACGGAAUGCGCCCGUUAGCUGGAAUCCACUUACUUCUUCGCCAAAGGGAA